AUGCUGACUCGAGUUCCAACCACAGGUGCAGGAAUCGUCAGAGAAGUGGGAGUAGACAUCACACAUGUCCAGCCUGGGGAUAAGGUCAUACUAGGCAUAGAUUCGUGUGGCGAAUGCUUGAAUUGCCAGGCUCGGCUUCCGGGUUACUGUGAUGAAAAUCGUCCGCGUAACUGGGACGGAAAGCGGCCUGAUGGGAGUACAAGACUGAGAGGCAUCGAAGGGCAAGCAAUCUAUGGAAGUUUCCUGGGCCAAAGUUCGUUUUCCCGCCAUGCAGUUGUUAGUCGCAGUUCCUUGGUCAAAGUCCCGUCCGACACGAAGCUCGACAUGUUGGCGCCCCUGGGAUGUGGUGUCUUGACAGGAACUGGGGCAGUGUGGAACGUGCUUGAUGUUCAGCAAGGUGACUCUCUGGUAGUGUCUGGCUGUGGAGCUGUCGGCAUGUCAGCUAUCAUGGCGGCCAAGUCACGAGGGGCCUCAACCAUCAUUGCCAUCGAUCUAGCCCCAGACCGACUGCGGUUGGCUGCGGAGCUCGGUGCAACACAUUGCUUCAAUGGGAAAGAGGACAACUUGCUCGAGCAAAUCCGUCGGCUCGCUCCACUUCCUGCCGGCGUCAAGCAUGCCUUUGACACGACGGGGGUGCCAAAGGUGAUAGAAACCUUGAUUGAGGCAACAGGAGUCAGAGGCACCACAGUCGUGGUUGGAGCAACUGCCAUGGACCAAACAGUCAACAUCCAGCCCUUGAGGCUCCUAGACAUGGGUAAAAGAUUCCUCGGGAGUACACAAGGCGAUGGAGAUCCGGUAACGGCAAUACCAUACCUGGUCGAGCAAUUCAAUAGUGGGAACCUGCCGAUCGAGAAGAUCAUCAAGAAGUACAACUAUACCGAUUUCGCGCAGGCCAUCCAAGACAUGGAGAGCGGACAAACAAUCAAACCAGUUCUCAUCUGGGAUGGAGCGUAA